AUGAGCGACUCUCGCCGCCCCCGUCGGCCAGACAGCCGCCAAAUGUGGGAUGAAUCAGACCGCCCACACCGGCCCAGAGACCGAGACCGCGACCGUGACCGCGAUCGUGAAAGGGACAGAGACAGAGACAGAGACUCCGAUCGUCCCAAACGCUACCGGUCACGAUCCCGAUCUCCCGACCGCGGAAAUCGUCAAAAUGACCGCUCCAGAUCCCCCGACAGACGAUACAGAGGUCGCGGCGGCGGUCGCGGCAGGGGCCGAGGACGAGACAGAUCCCCCAGAGACUCCCGCCGCUACGAUGACAGAGACCGCCCCCGACGAGAUACUCGUCCCCGGUCCGCAUCACCAAACACCACAAGUCCACCACCCUCAUCCACACUACCAACGCGCUCCCGUUCCGAUAAACCCCCUCCACAAGCAUCAUCCAGCCGCCGGCGCAGCCCCUCAUCGCGCGACCAGUCUCGCGACGAUACCCCCAUGACGAAUGAGGACGACGCUGAAGACGGAGAGCUACAAGGGGACGACGACAUGGCUGCCAUGCAGGCAAUGAUGGGCUUUGGGGGAUUCGGCACAACAAAGGGGAAGAAGGUGUCGGGUAAUAAUGCCGGGGCUGUGAGGAAGGAAAAGAAGCUCGAGUAUAGGCAGUAUAUGAACCGACAAGGAGGGUUCAACAGGCCACUGAGCCCGGGGAGGUAG